CCCCCAGUGCACAGGUGCUCUCACACACUGCCAGUCAGUGAUAUACAAUGCUAGCCAGUGGCACCUGGAACACUUGUGUCUGCCUGCUGCCCCAGUCUAUACUAUGCAAUGUGUCCAGGUGGCUUGAGGGGGCAGUUGCUGGUGGCCUGAUGGAGCCUUGAUUGUCUUUUAAUGUUUUAUAUUUAUUAGUCACUAUUAUUUGCACUCUUGAAGUUUUAAUAGAUACGCAAAGUUGGAUCCCUGCAGUCAUGGAGAGACCGCCUCACACCAUCCUCAUCACUCUCUCAUGCACAGCCCUGUUCCUGACUAUCCUCAUUCCUGGCGGGGAGCUGGCAGACUUCUGUGGCAGUAUGGACAUCCGGAAUGAUGUGUCUCAGCUCCAUAAGUUGGAGAAUUGUACCAUUAUCCAAGGAAAUCUACAGAUCUUGCUUAUGUUUGGCACCAAACCCGAGGAUUUCAGAGGCCUAAGUUUCCCCCGAUUGACAAUGAUCACAGAAUACCUUCUCCUUUUUCGUGUCUAUGGCCUGGAAAGUCUACAAGAACUCUUCCCCAAUCUGUCCAUUAUCCGUGGCACAGAUCUUUUCUUCCACUACUCACUGGUGAUCUUUGAGAUGCCCCACUUGAGAGAGUUGGGCCUUCCCAGCCUCACCAACAUCCUACGAGGGGCAGUGCGCAUUGAGCGCAACCAGGAGCUUUGCCACAUUUCCACCAUAGACUGGUCUCUGUUGUCCGAAGUAGUGGACAAUCACUACAUAGUGGGUAACAAGCCGAUAUUAGAAUGUGCCGAUGUCUGUCCUGGGGUCCUGGAGUCGUCCUGUGUGAAGACUGUGAUAAAUGGAGUGGAGGAACCUCGUUGUUGGACAACCCGUCACUGCCAGAAAGUGUGUAACUGUGGUAAGAAUAUCGCCUGCACGAGCAGUGGGGAAUGCUGCCACCGCGAGUGCCUGGGGGGCUGUAAGCGGUCUGGAGACAGUCAUCAAUGUGCGGCUUGCCGCAACUUCUUCUACAAUGACGAGUGCUUGCCCUCCUGUCCUUCUAACACAUACGUGUAUGAGGGCUGGCGCUGUGUCACGUUGGGGUACUGUACGAGUCUGCGCAAAGUCUCAGAGAACCCCCGGGAAUCUUCCAAAUUUGUUAUCUACAAGAACCACUGUCUCUCCGAGUGCCCAUCAGGGUUUACCAGGAAUGAAAGCAGCACCAUCUGCCACAAGUGUGAAGGACGCUGUCCAAAAGUGUGCAAGGUUGGAACUAAAGCCAUCGAUUCCAUUCAGACUGCCAAAGAGCUGACUGGCUGUACACACAUCGAGGGCAGUCUGAUCUUCAACAUCCGCAGGGGAAAUAACCUGGCUUCUGAGCUCCAGAGAAGUUUGGGUCUUAUCGAGACCAUCACGGGCUUCCUAAAAAUCAAGCACUCCUUCGCUCUGGUCUCCUUGUCCUUUUUUAAAAAUCUGAAACUUAUUCGGGGAGAUUCCAUGGUGGAUGGGAAUUAUACUUUAUAUAUCUUGGACAACCAAAACCUGCAACAGCUCUGGGAUCCCAACCACAAGAGUCUUUCCGUUCCCUCUGGAAAAUUAUACUUUGCGUUUAACCCAAAGCUCUGUCUGUCAGAAAUCUACCAGACAGAGGACUUAACAGGGACAAGGGGGAGACAGAAUAAGGCUGACAUAAAUCCCCGCACUAAUGGUGACCGGGCUUCUUGCAACACACAAGCUCUAAGAUUCGUAACCAACGUGACUGAAUCUGACCGCAUCUUCUUAAGAUGGGAGAGAUACCAGUCCCCAGAUUCCCGGGAUCUGUUGAGCUUCAUCGUUCACUACAAAGAGUCGCCGUUUCAGAACAUAACUGAGUAUCUGGGGCAGGAUGCCUGUGGGGCCAACAGCUGGAAUGUGGUAGACGUAGAGUUGCCGCUGAACAACGAACAAGAGCCAAGUAUCACUUUACUUAACCUGAAACCUUGGACCCAGUAUGCCAUUUAUGUACGCUCCAUCACUUUGAACACGGCAGAGGAAGGAAGGAAUUUUGGUGCCCAGAGUGAUGUGGUUUAUAUUCGGACUAAACCAGCAGCCCCGACUGUUCCCCAAGAUGUUAUGAUCAUGUCAAACUCCUCAUCACAUCUGAUCGUUCGAUGGAAGCCACCGACUCAACGCAAUGGAAACAUCAGCUACUACUUGGUGCUCUGGCAGCAGUUGGUAGAAGACCAGGAUCUCUACACCAAUGAUUACUGCACCAAAGGUCUGAAGCUGCCCACCAGCAGUGCUGAUACCAGGUUCGAUAAUGAUGAAGAAGACCAUCCGGAUGCUGAGGAUAAGUGCUGCCCAUGCCAAAAAAAUGGUGUCCAACUCCUAGAUCUGGCCGAAGAGUCCUUUCAGAAGAAAUUUGAGAACUUUCUAAGGAACACCAUCUUCAUACCAAAGCCUCCCUGGAAAGUGACUUUAAUCAACAAGAAUUAUCAGAGAUCCCCAAAGAAACGAAGAGAUGUCUACGGAACAACUGGAGAUGGUCACGGGAAUACGUCACUAGCUGACGGUACUGUCAGCCACAACAUCAACAACUCCGGUGUGGACUCCAAGCCUUACGCCUACAAGGAUAAAAUAUUCCGGGACAGAAUGGUCAUAUCCAACCUCCGGCACUUCACCGAGUAUCGCAUCGACAUCCACGCCUGCAACCACGCCGCAGACAUUGUUGGCUGCAGUGCCGCAACUUUUGUUUUUGCUAGGACAAUGCCGGACCCACAUGCUGAUAACAUUGCUGAUAAUAUAACCUGGGUCCCAAUCGGCCAGAACACCAUCUUGAUGAAGUGGGAGGAACCACAGAACCCCAAUGGGUUGAUCUUAAAGUAUGAGAUCAAGUACAAGCGUGACCAAGAGGAAGGACCUUCUACAGUCGUGUGCGUCUCCCGACAACGAUUCCAUCGCUACAAAGGUGUCCAUCUUACCCUUGUGCAACCUGGGAACUAUUCAGCCCGGAUCAGAGCCACAUCCUUGGCGGGCAAUGGGUCAUGGACCGAGCCCAUCAUGUUCUUUGUACUUGGUCCUACAGAGGAGCAACCAGAGAACUUGUAUUUGCUGCUGAAGGUGAUGCCCAUCCUGCUGCUACUGGUCAUUGCCUGUCUAGCUGUGAUUGUCUUCUUCUACAAUAAGAAGGGAAAGAAUAAUGGCUACCCCAAUGGAACGAUGUACACCUCUGUUAAUCCAGAGUAUUUUAGUGCAUCUGAGAUGUAUAUUCCGGAUGAGUGGGAGUUUCCAAGAGAGAAAAUCACCAUCAUUAAAGAGCUCGGGCAAGGUUCCUUUGGCAUGGUGUACGAAGGCGUUGCCAAGGAAAUUGUGAAGGGUGACCCGGUGACCAGAGUGGCUUUGAAGACCGUCAAUGAGUUGGCCAGCACGAGAGAGAGAAUCGAGUUCUUGAAUGAAGCGUCGGUGAUGAAAGCAUUCCUCUGUCACCAUGUGGUUCGUUUGCUAGGGGUGGUGUCACAAGGACAACCGGCUUUAGUGAUCAUGGAACUCAUGACCAGAGGUGACCUGAAAAGCUACCUGAGGUCGCUCAGAGCGGAGGAGGAGAAUAAUCAUAACGCCACACCACCAUCACUGAAGGAAAUGAUUCAGAUGGCGGGAGAAAUAGCGGACGGGAUGGCAUAUCUGAACGCCAAAAAAUUUGUACAUCGGGAUUUGGCGGCCCGUAACUGCAUGGUGUCUGAGGACCUUACUGUAAAGAUUGGCGACUUUGGCAUGACAAGAGAUAUAUAUGAAACAGAUUACUACCGGAAAGGGGGAAAGUCAUUACUACCGGUACGGUGGAUGUCUCCUGAGUCGCUGAAAGAUGGAAUCUUUACGCCCUACUCAGAUGUCUGGUCUUUUGGGGUGGUCCUAUGGGAAAUCGCCACUUUAGCAGAACAGCCUUACCAAGGCAUGGCCAAUGAGCAGGUCCUUCACUUUGUCAUAGACAAUGGGAUCCUGGAGAAGCCUGAACAUUGUCCCGAUAGACUUCAUGAAUUGAUGCAUUGGUGCUGGCAGAAAAACCCCAAAAAUCGUCCGUCAUUCCUUCAGGUCUUGGAGAGCAUCAAAGAAGAGCUGCAGCCCAGUUUUCAGAAGGUCUCCUUCUACUACACCAGCCACCAUAAGCGAAGGGGUUCUGCCGAGGUGCCUAGCACGGAACCAGACCAAGGUCAGAAGACCCUUUUGGAACACUCUGCAAGCCCUUCUUUCAUCAACUUUUCUUCCCUGUGCGCGGUUCAGAAAGACAAUGCCUUAAAUUCCAUAAACAGCAAAGGAAAUACUAAUGGAAAAAGUAACCUUUAUCACAUAAACGGGAAUGCAAAGCACUGAAAAGGCAAACUGUUUUUAAGGCCUGUAUCCAACCCCUUGUGUGACCCUCGUUGUGUCUCUGAAGAAUUGCAUGGAGUGGCUUACAAUCACAGAAGUCUUCUUGUGGUCACUUUCUUCGCAGCUGAUGAAACCAGUCUACAUGCACCGAUCCAAGCUUGAGUUACGCCUUAAAUAGAAGACUGCCAGGUGAAAUCUCUAACAGGAGUUUGUCACGGCAGAUCAGAAUAACGUUGCAACAUGGACUUGUUGGGUUGAUCCAAAGAGUCUGAGUUUUUUUUAUGUCAAAUGGACCGGAUCCCCCUCCCAACAUGACCCAUUGGUGCUAGAUAUGUAUUGUAAACUGUGUGGUCUUUAGACGAUGAAAGGCAAAGUAAGAACGCCAUUUAUUUCCUUCUGAAUUUAGCUAUAACUUAGUACAGUUGCUGAGCUCCAUUACCUCUGGAAGAUCAUCAAUCAAUGCUUGUAGAAUUCACAACAAAGUUGGCCACUUUGUCUGAUCUCCACCAAUGUUAGUCCUGGGGAUGUCAAGUUAUAUUGAUUUGACUAUUUUAUUGCUUGAAUGAACACACUUUUGUACGUUCAAAUUAACUAGAAUUUUAACUAAGGGAAACUGUUAUUUUGAAAAUGAAAGUAGGUUGAGGCACAGCUCCACCUUACCCAGAAAGCACUUUCGAGAAACUUGGUGUACCACCAACAUGUUUCAAGAAAGAUAGAGUAUCGUGCCGUAAUGGUGAUUAAAAGUUUGUUUCCUUAUCUUUGUAGAGAAUACUUUUUUUUCCCAGCACUUCUAAAAGUCAGAGCACUUGAUAAUAGUAGUUGACAUGAAGCCACUUUUCAAGACUUCUUGGAAGUGUUGCGUAAUGACGAUGAAGGAACUUGGAGAACUUGGAUACUGUUGUUGGUCCCCAGCAGGAAGCAGAUUCAGGUAUAGGCUUAUGAGUUAGUGUGGCUUCUAUGGAGAUGAUCUAUCAAUCAUGCCUCCCAUUGAAGCCAUUCUUCACUCCGCAGUGUCAAAAAUAAUUGUUGUCUAACUUAAAAGCUGUUUUAGUGCACUUAAAUUACAUUACAGGCCAGUAACUAACGCUGAGGAUUUAAUUAGGACAGAGGUUCUCAAACGCGUUCAAGACACCCUAAAGGACCAGGUUUUAAGCAUAUCCAUGCUUGGCCACAGGUAACUUAAUUAGAGCCUCAGUCAAUUUGAUUUAACCAUCUCUGCUGAGCCAUGGAUAUCUUUGAAACCUGGACCGCUAGGCCUUGAGGACCGCAUACGGGAACCUCUGGUCUAGGAGUUUCUUCAAGAUCAUUAGAUGCCAGUUUGUUAAUUUUUUUUCCUACGGUGCCACAUUCAAUUCUAAAAAAUAUUUAUUUCCAAAAGGACGCACUGACCUGUAGUGAUGCGUCGUCUCUGCAAAUGGCAUUUUAGUAAAUUGUGAAAUUGUACACACUUGAAAAUGGCGAUCAAACUGGUCAAUGUAAUUAGCCUUCCAUACACUUUUGUUCAUGAGAAAGUUCCGGAAACUAGGUUUAUUAUAGCUGUGUAAGAGUGUAAUGCGAGGUUGUGUUAAUUGUCUUUUACCGAUGCUGUCUAUUUUAUUAAAAUUAACACAAUUUUUUUUUA